GUGUGAUCAUGUGGCUGCACAAGGCUGUAGCGGUGGUGGCGGUGGCGGUGGUGGUCGCCGCGGGGAACAGCGAGGACGAGAGGGCCGCCAGAGAAGCUGUCUACGAUGAUCCACUUGACUUUGAGGCCUACGAGAUCCCUCUACUGAAGAAGAAGCACGUGAGCUACGACUUCGCGUACAGCGUGCGUGACGACGACACGGGCGCGGCCUACAGCCACCUGGAGGAGCGCGAGGGCAAGGUCACCACGGGCGAGUACCGCGUGUCCCUGCCCGACGGACGCAUCCAGAUCGUGUCGUACGUGGCUGACGAAAACGGAUAUCGCGCUAAGGUCUCGUAUGAGCCCACCAGCGCCGCCCACCCAGCCCCGCAGCACCAUCAGCCCAAAUACGCGCCGGGGCCCGCCUACGGGAGGAGGCCGAGGCCGCCCCCAGGCUACGGCCGACGUCGGCGACCGAGGCCUCACCACGCCAAGGUUCUCCACCACCCAUCCGAAGAGCCUGUUCAUCCCCCCCUUCGUAUCUGCCCAAGCCUCACCACCCGCCAC